AUGGAACUUGGACUGGUAAAAAUUCCCACUCACCAACAAAUCAGUUUGCUUGAAGUUCAAUUAGGAGGAAUUGAGAAUAUUGGUUGUACAACGAAAGAUAUAUACAAUUAUGAUAGAGAUAAGCGAGAAGAGUUGAAGGGACAUGAUGGAGAUAUAUUGUAUGCUCACUUUUUAUUGCAGCAGGAGAAGAAUCCAUUUUUCACUUUCAAGAUAGUUGAAGAUAGUGAAAAGAGAAUCAAACAUUGUUUUUGGGCAGAUGCGACCUCGAGGAGGGCUUACAGUCUAUUUGGGGAUGUGGUUAUCUUUGAUACAACAUACAACACUAACAAAUAUCGGUUGAUAUUUGCACCAUUAUUGGGGAUUAACCACCAUGAAGCAAUGCUAGGAGGAAGUCUCCCAAAAAUGAUAAUUACUGAUCAAGAUCCUGCUAUGAAGAUUGCCAUUGCCCAAGUUCUUCCUAACACAUUCCAUAGAAGCUGUGUAUGGAACUCAGAGAUGUUAGAAGAAUUUGAUAAUAAGUGGAAGGAAGUUGUUGAGAGGAGUGGUUUAAGUGACAAUGGAUGGCUUCAAGCAAUAUAUGACAUUCGAGCUUCAUGGGUGCCUGCAUACUACUUUGUGAUUCGCUUUAAUAGAGGGCUUGUACAUCAACGUCAUCAAGAGUUGGUUUCUACUCAUACUGAUUUGAAUCAAGAGCCUCAGUUGCAGACCCCUCAUCCUAUGGAAUCUCAAAUGGCUGGUAUUUAUACUCGUGCAUGUUUCCAUGAAUUUCAAAGUGAGUACUAUAUCAGCUCUUUCAACUACAGGCACAUCUUGGGAUAUUUGCUGAAAGUUCAAGAAGUAGAUCAGUUGCCUGACCAAUACAUUUUAAAGAGAUGGACUAAGGCUGCAAAUGCUGAUGUAGUUAAGGACCUAGAUGGUUUGGAGAUAACAAACACAAAUGGAUUGGUGGUGAAACGUAGUAAAUUAUUUCAUCAUGCUUCACUUGUUAUUGACAAAGUCCUUACAAGUCCUGAUGAAGCUCAGACCAUUUUUAUCGAGGCUCUUGACAAUGUGCUUGAUAAGCUCAAACAAAUGCAAGUCAGUAGUAGUGAAAGUGAAAAGAUUGGUAAGAAGUUGCCAACUGAUCUUCAACAUAGUCCAUUUCUUGACAAAUCAAAAGAUGAGGAGUCAGGUUCUUUCGAUGAAGAGGAAGCCUCAAGUUCCUACGAUGAGGAUGAUGAGAAUUAA